AUGGUGCUGACUCUCUAUAAAUUAGACGCUAGUGCACCGGUACGGUCAGUUUUAAUGGUGCUUCAUGUGGCAAAAAUAUCUAAUAUCCAGUUUAUAAACGUUAACACUCUGAAAGGUGAGCAGUUCACCGAGGAAUACUUGAAGAUGAAUCCACAACACUCUGUUCCUACUUUGAAAGACGGUGACUUUGUCAUUUGGGAUAGUCACGCAAUUUCUGUGUACUUAUUGAAGAAGUAUACUCAAGACGAUUCACUAUAUCCGGUUGAACAUCAAAAGAGGGCUUUGAUUGAUCAAAGGCUACAUUUCGACAGUGGCAUACUUUUUAUUGCUAUGCGUUCUGCCGUCGAUCCUGUUGUAUUUUUGAAUGAGAGCACUUACAGGCCUGAGGCCUUGAUGAAGAUCAAGGCAGCUUAUGAAUUCACUGAUAAGUUCUUGACGAGGAACUGGCUUGCCGGUGACGAGCUUACUUUGGCAGAUAUUUGUUGCGUUGCAACCAUCAGUUCAUUGAACGAGGUUAUGCCCAUAGACCCCAGUUUGUAUCCUAACUUAGCGAAAUGGUUUGAACGUUGUAAGCAGCAGGAUUUUUAUAAAAAAGGGAACGAACCAGGAUUGGAACAGUUCGGAGCUUUGCUUAAAUCGAAGGUUGCUCAA